AUGAGCAUGAGAUGCGGGCUACAGACACUGCUUGAGGCUGCCCGAUUCGUCGAGUUACAGGAAGAGUUCGAAAAACAACAGUUGGUCACCUUACACGCAGCCGAAGAGCCGUUGUUGAGUAACAAGGAUGCUGGUUACCAUCCUACUUCGGUAACAUUGCCCAGUUCCGAUCUACCGGCGUCGUUAAACCACAUCGAACCGCCGUCCACGCCACCGAGACAACAGCAAUUGCUACAGCUACACCAGCAAGUCACCCCCGUCGCACUUCAGCAGCAACACACACAACAGCUACAGCUGCAGCUACACCAGCCACAGCAACAACUACAACAACCACCACAACAACAACUACAACUACAUCAACCUCUACAGCAACACCACGCCGUAUAUAAGCCCGCUGUUGCCGCCUGUACGGCAGUUGUAACCGCUAACAACAACAACAACAAUAACAACACCACCACCACUGUCGCCCUAGUCAACAGCCACGACGAUAAUGUCUCUGCUUUGUCUUUGGCGCAGGAACUCAAAAGACGCACAGGAUCUGGCACCAGAGAAGUGCACAACAAAUUGGAGAAGAACCGUCGUGCACACCUUAAAGAAUGUUUCGAGCUGCUCAAGAAACAAGUACCCGCGUCUCAAGACGAGAAAAAGACUUCUAACCUGAGUAUACUCAGGAGCGCUAUCCGGUAUAUCCAGGUGUUGAGGCGUCGAGAAAGAGAGCUGGAGCACGAGAUGGAAAGACUGGCCAGAGAAAAGAUUUGGGCUCAACAGAGGCACGCGUCUCUCAAGAAAGAACUAGCCGCCAAAUGGGAUCACAUCGAUUUCAGCAAGCUAUUGCCGGACUUGCCGCCCGACGUGAUGACCAGGAAGGCCACUAUAGCCGCCACAAGUAUAAACGGAGAUUUCGAGACGGAAAGGGACGCUAGCAUGGUUACUAGCGACGCGGACGACAGCAAACUCAGUGCUCUGUACAGUAGUACAUCAUCGCUGUCAAGUUCCUCCCCGCCCACGCUGCCGUUCGUCUCCGACAUUAUUCCCCAUCAGGUGCAGGUCGUCAGCACGUCUCCGAUGAUGGGGAGUACAAUUCACAUAGUUCCUCAGACCAGAAACUCGUCCUCGUUACCACCGAACGCUUUGCAACAGCAAACCCUCACGUUUGUCCAUCACAAAGAUGCUCUCAAUCAACACGAUGGCACUACUCAGGCAGUGUUGACCAAGGUGUCAAAUGGCUCGUUUACUUUGUACGGCGACCCAAAACUUACGCCCAAUCGUUCCAAAAUGUCUCUUGCAGGCAUAAAGAUUGGCACCAGUGUGAUCGAUCAUUCCAACAACACAGCGUCCGCACCAAUCAGACUGUUGCAGAAUAAUAUCAUAGCGGCACAAACGUCAGUUGUGAACAGAGGACAGCCAACUCCAAAUCAUGUCAUAACUCGGCCGUUACUCCUAACUCAUCACCAUACUAAUUCUGCUCCAGCUCAUCUAGUACUAUCUACAGCUUCUUCUAAGGCAGUGACAAUUCCAAAUCAGCAAUUACCACCACUGUCAAAUGGCCAUCUUAUAGUCAAGCCGAGUGCGAUGGUGGUUAUGAACAGCUCACAGCCAAAAUCGCAUCAUUCCGGCCACAAAGCAUAG